ACGGGAGACGGUCACUCUAACGUGUAAUGGUGCAAGAAAAAAACAAAUAACAUGGACCCAUUGGAACUCGCGUUAUUCAAAUCGCAAAUUAGCAGCUAGUCCGCGCUUGUGUGAAUCCGGGCAGUUGGCCAGCGUGUGAGGCUAGUGCAUCGCGUUUGUGGGUCAAAACCAGACCAACACCACUCCACUCCACUCACCCUCACACACACGCUGACAGGUGCACAGGCAGGCACACACACACACACACAAGCACGCUCGCGGGAGCAAAAGUGACCACAAUGACGUCCGCGUACAACAACAUUCUGGCCGCCACCCCCUCGCCCGCUCAAACGGUUCCAAAGGCAAGUGGUUCAUCCUCUGCCGCCACCUCAUCCUCUGGUUGCAUGUCCAAUGGAUCCUACUACGAUGACCAUGACAAUCAGCUGCUCCACGUAAACAGUGGUAGGCAAAGCAGCGCUGCAGCAUCCUCGGCCCCAGGUCCUGGCAUAAAUAACGGGACUGCGGGAGAUGACAUGGAAAUGCGUUGGUGGUGGCGCACCAGAAGUCUGAAUGCUCCGUCGCCCUUCCAGCAAUUCGGACCAUGUGGACGCAUUAUGAAAAACUCCGCCAUGGUGAUGCAGAUUCAGGAUCCGGCCAGUCAGCGCCUGACCUGGUACAAGCCACCACUUACCGUGCUGGUGAUCAAGAAAAAGGACUCGCAGGUCUUGCUACCAUUCGUUCAGCUUGUGGAGUGGCUGGUGCAGGAGAAGCACAUGGUCGUCUGGGUGGAGUCCGCCGUUCUCGAGGACAAGCUGCUGCGGGACGAUGUCAAGCUGGAGGCGGAGAGUGCCAAGUUUCGGCAAGUGCAUGGCGAUUACGCCGGAGUAAGAGCGCGUUUCCUGGCGCUGCGCGACAUGCUGGUUACCUUCAAAGAUGGCCGCGAUGACCUGACCGAUCGCAUUGACUUCAUCGUCUGCCUGGGCGGCGAUGGCACUCUGCUGUAUGCCUCCCAGCUAUUCCAGCAGUCGGUGCCCCCAGUGAUGGCCUUCUAUCUGGGCUCCCUUGGUUUUCUUACGCCCUUCCAGUGCGACAAUUUCCAGGAGCAGGUGACCAAUGUUCUGGAGGGUCAUGCUGCACUCACGCUGCGCAGUCGCCUGUCUUGCUCGAUCCAUCGCAAGGGCGAACGCCGCAAGGAGUCGCUGCUGGCCUCGGCCAGUGGCAGCAAUCUGCUCAAGCCGAAUCUGCACAGGCAACUCAAUCACGUGGACCUCAACAAUGGACCCAGUUGGUCCCUCAAAGCCAACAAUAACAAUACGCCCAAUAACAGCAUCUUAGUGCUGAACGAGGUGGUGAUCAACCGGGGACCCUCGCCGUAUCUAAGCAACAUCGAUAUAUUCUUGGACGGCAAAUAUAUCACCUCAGUGCAAGGAGAUGGCCUCAUUGUAUCGACGCCCACGGGGAGCACGGCAUAUGCGGCAGCAGCUGGUGCCUCCAUGAUCCAUCCCUCCGUGCCGGCCAUUCUAGUGACGCCCAUCUGCCCGCAUUCCCUGAGUUUCAGGCCAAUUGUGGUGCCCGCUGGAGUGGAGUUAAAGAUAUCAAUUUCACCUGAUAGCCGCAACACCUCACGCGUCUCCUUUGACGGACGCAACGACCAGGAGCUGAAUCACGGCGACAGCCUGAGGGUGACCACCUCCAUCUAUCCCGUGCCCAGCAUUUGCUCACAGGAUCAAAUCUCCGAUUGGUUCGACUCCCUCGCCGAGGGCCUGCACUGGAAUGUACGCAAGCGCCAGAAGUGCCUCGAUGAGCUCUCGGACCUGACUACCUCCGGUUCAGAGGACAGGCUCGACGAGUUCGACAAUCUAAAGAUCGAAGCGUAGUAGUGCCCACAUCCCAUCCAAUCCAACUGACCCCCGAUUCGCAGUUUGUUAGCGUGGCCAAUUAGCCUAGUUGUAGUCCUAGUUAAUAGGGUUUGCUUGUGUGCAAUUUUUAUAGGCCUAGUUAUGUAGAGAAAAUACUCUGUUGUACAAUAUAUACACACACAUCAUGGAUCGCUUGGUUGAGUUACAAUGUUAAAUGUUAAUUGAGUGCGAUCACAAUGAUUGUUUUUAAGCUAGACAAAUUCCGUUGUUGCUUGUGAACAAAAACCGCUUAGGCUUAGCUCUUAAGUUUCUAUUAUUGUGUAAUAUCUACAAUUAAUUGCGUCGAGUGUGGCUAAGUACUUAAGCCGUCUCGCGUUAUCUGUACAAUUCGAAGGGUGUAAUAAAAACUGUAUUAUUUACUUAAAGCGCCACAAAA